AUGGUGUCAGUUGUACUACAUUAUAAUUCAACAGCUAUACACACUACAUUGGGAUCACCACAAAGAAAUCUACCUGAACCAGGGAACGAUGCCACCACAACAGACAUAGCCAUCAUUGCAGGAGUGAUUGCUGCUGUGGCCUUUGUCCUGAUCUGCCUCCUCCUCAUCAUGCUGCACUACAUGUACAGGCACAAGGGCACCUACUACACCAAUGAGGCUAAAGGCACAGAGUUUGCUGAGAGUGCUGAUGCGGCCCUGCAGAGUGACCCUUCUCUCCAAGAUGCUGGGGACAGCAGCAGAAAAGAGUAUUUUAUCUGAGUUGUGCCAGGCCUCAGCUCCCCAACACCUCCAACUUCAAGAGAAAAUGCAUUUAUGCACCCUACCCUAAAACAUCAACAGGCUAACCAUGAGAGCACUCACCUGGUUCCAAGCCAUCACCCUACCUGGGAACAUUGUGUGCAGGCCCAGGAAGGAGAGGAAAGGAGGAGGACUCACAUGUGGCCUCUCCCAGGACCCCAGGGGGUUAAAUGACCACUUCAGAGGCCUUUACCAGGCUUGACUCUUCCAGAGAAGUGCAUUUGGUGAGCAGCAUGACAUGACCCCCUUGCAGGGAAUGAGCAGGGCAGUGGGUCUGGUCACCUGGAAAGCAAGGAAGUGAGUCAUCAGUAGGCUGAUUGGGGAUAAGAGCAUCAAACGUCAGUCUUUGACAUUUGGGAUAAACAGCAGGUGCUGAAUUUAAAAGGCACCUUUGUCUCCCAUUGAUCCAGCUCAAAACAAUUGGAAAUAAAUUUGAAAUGUAACCAA